AUGACCAGCACUGACGCUGCAAGGGACCAAUUCUACGAGGACAUGCACGCCCUCCUGGUAAUUUCGCCGAAGGCGUAUAAGUUGAUUGUCCUUGGUAAAUUCAACGCCCGCGUCGGCACAGAUCAUGCUGUCUGGAUCCCCAUGGUCUCCACGGCUCUAACGACAAUGGUCUGUUCCUGCUACAAAGCUGCACAGAACGCCGUCUCAUCCUGAUCAACACCUUCUUCCGCCUCCCGGUGCGAGAGAAGGCAACCUGGAUGCACCCUCAGUCGCGACACUGCAUCUGAUGGGCUAUGUCCUCGUCCGGACGGAGGCGAGACCAGCGGGACGUGCUGGUGACAAAGGCGAUUCCGGGUGUCGAAGGGUGGGUUGACCAUCGUCUCGUCAAAAAACGAGGUGACUUACUGGAUCUCUAAAGCCAAUCAGGCUAUCGACCGGCUGCAGAACUCUGUAUCGAAUCGCUACGGUCAACACCUCAGCACUAAAAUGACGACUUACAAAGCGGUCAUCUUGGCAACUUUGCUGUGUGGCACGGAGACCUGGACAGUCUACGAGAAACAGGCAAGAAAACUUGAGCAAUUCCACAGCAGUUAUCUCCUGCGGAUACUGAAGCUAGGGUGGCAGGACAAGAUUCCGGACAGGGAAUUUUUGAAACACUGCAAUUAUCAUUUUCCACGCUAUGCUGAGGCAGCAGUAACUGUGAUGAAGCGGCCACCACUUGAAUAUGGGCGAUGAGCGACAGUCCAAACGAUUCUUCUAUGGAGAUUAAGCCAAGGCUGCUCGCCAACAAGGUGGCCAAAUCCGUCGCUACAGGGGCACUUGGAGAACUCAUUAAAGCGACUGCAACGCUAUGUUGGUUCUCCCCGUGACAAGGACGUUUCCGGAAUCCAACUCCAGCACCUUCCAUUGACUACUGGCAACGGCAUCAUUCUAUGCGACGUCUCCACCACUUCCCAUUGUCCCUUUGUGUCGCCAUCCCUCCGCCGAAAAGUCUUCUCCUCUCUGCACAACCUAUCGCACCCUGGAAGUCGAGCAACCGACAAGCUGGUUUCGGACCGCUUCAUCUGGCCUGGAAUGUCCCAGGACCUCAAAGCAUGGACACGGGUUUGUAUCGCCUGUCAACGGAGUAAGGUCCGGCGGCACAACAGGGACACAAGUGGCACCUUCCCCGGCCCUGGUGCAAGGUUCAGCCACGUUCACCUGAACAUUGUAGGUCCCCUGCCUCUGUCCAAUGGCUGUUCUUAUCUCCUCACCCGUGUGGAUCGGUCCACCCGGUGGCCUGAAGCAAUUCCCCUGCCUGACAUUGCUGCUCCAACGGUGGUCAAGACUCUUCUCAUUCGUUGGUUUGCCAUCUUUGGUGUACCCUCCACAAUUACGACUGACCGUGGUGCCCACUUUGAGUCUAACCUCUUCCAGUCUCUCCUCUCCUUUUUAGGCUGUACUCGCAUCCGGACGACAGUCUAUCACCCGGCUGCCAACAGGAUGUUCGAGCGUUUUCACCGACAGCUGAAGGCCUCUCUACGUGCCGCAGCCGAUCGGGAGAACUGGACGGACCACCUUCCUCUGGUGUUGUUGGGUAUCCGCUCCGCUCCUGAGCCAGACCUUGGUUUUUCCGCAGCUGAACUGGUGUUCCGCGCCACCGUCCGACUGCCCGGUGAGAUGAUCUCGCCAAUCCCGCGAGGUUCGGUUGAGGAUCCCAACAACCUCCUGCAUCGCCUCCGGCAGUUUAUUUGGACACAUUCUUUGGUUCCGCCCAGGUCCUACGCCUCUCCGUCCUAUCUCGAGAAGAACUUGGCAACCUGCUCUCACGUCUACCUUCGAUGUGAUCGAGUCCGCCGGCCUCUGGAACCGCCCAAUGACGGCCCAUUCCAGGAGUUCACUCGGGAACAGGGACACUCCGCCUUCAACGCGGCAAUCGUGAGAAGGUCGUGA